UGAGUAAAAUCACUAUACUUCUCCUCGUCCUUGUCCAUGUCCUUGUCCCGUUCCAUGAUCUAUCCUUCUAUAAAUACACCAACUCAGACUUCCAUUUCCAGCUGAUCACUUCUCACUUCUCUCUCUCUCUCUCACUUGAUCAUAUAGCUCACCAAAAGAGACAGAUUUCCAUUUGCAAAUAUCCAUGGCUCCAGCAGCAGCAGCAGCAUCUUCAGAUUCAAUUAAGCCUAGAGAUGUUUGCAUUGUUGGCAUUGCACGUACACCAAUGGGUGGAUUUCUAGGUUCUCUUUCAUCUUUACCUGCCACCAAGCUUGGAUCUAUAGCUAUUGAAGCGGCUCUUAAAAGAGCAAAUAUCGAUCCAUCACUUGUACAAGAAGUAAUCUUCGGCAACGUUCUCAGUGCAAAUUUAGGGCAGGCUCCUGCCAGACAAGCUGCAUUGGGUGCAGGAAUACCUAAUUCAGUGGUCGCUACCACUGUUAACAAAGUUUGUGCAUCAGGGAUGAAAGCAACAAUGCUUGCAGCACAGAGUAUCCAGUUGGGAAUCAAUGACGUUGUUGUGGCUGGUGGCAUGGAAAGCAUGUCCAAUGCUCCUAAGUACUUCGCAGAAGCAAGGAAGGGAUCUCGCUAUGGACAUGAUUCUCUUGUUGAUGGAAUGCUGAAAGAUGGUUUGUGGGAUGUCUAUAAUGAUUGUGCCAUGGGAACUUGUGCUGAACUAUGUGCAGAUAAACAUACAGUAACAAGGGAGGAGCAGGAUGACUUUGCUGUUCAGAGCUUUGAGCGCAGUAUUGCUGCCCAAAACAGUGGUGCCUUUGCAUGGGAAAUAGUUCCGGUUGAAGUUUCUGGGGGAAGGGGAAAACCAUCAACAACUGUUGACAAGGAUGAAGGUCUAGGAAGGUUUGAUGCUGCCAAAUUAAGGAAGCUCCGACCUAGUUUCAAGGAGAGUGGAGGUUCUGUCACUGCUGGCAAUGCUUCUAGUAUAAGUGAUGGUGCUGCCGCUUUAGUUUUGGUGAGUGGAGAGACGGUACUAAAGCUUGGAUUGGAAGUGAUUGCAAAGAUCAGUGGGUAUGCUGAUGCUGCUCAGGCUCCAGAAUUCUUUACAACAGCUCCUUCUCUAGCAAUUCCAAAAGCUAUUUCAAAUGCUGGCUUGGAGGCCUCUCAAAUUGAUUUUUAUGAAAUAAAUGAAGCCUUUGCUGUUGUGGCCCUUGCAAAUCAGAAACUGCUUGGACUUAAUCCUGAGAAAGUUAAUGUGCAUGGUGGAGCUGUAUCCUUGGGACAUCCUCUUGGUUGCAGUGGAGCUCGUAUCUUGGUCACACUAUUGGGGGUACUGAAGCAGAAAAAUGGGAAAUACGGUGUUGGUGGUGUUUGCAAUGGAGGAGGUGGUGCAUCUGCUCUUGUUUUAGAGCUUGUGUAGACCUUAUUUCAUUUUAGAUACAAGUCGGGAGUUACAUGAUCGUUUGUGUUAUGCGCUUCAAGCAAGAUAUGAAAUCAGGAUACUCUGGGGAGAAAGUCAAAAUUGUUGUAUUUUAUGCAAUUUUAAUCCCUUUUCUUUUAAAUUUUAGCCUUCUCUGUAAUAAAUGACAAGUGUAUUUAGCAUUCAAAGGAAUGUAUUUCUAAUACUGUUCUCUCUC